AUGGGCGACGGAGCCUGCGCGCUAGAUCAUAAUGACAAGACAAAAUAUUUUCAUGUUGUUUUAACCAUUUAUUAUCAAUUGGCUUUUCAUCAAAGUAAAGAUUUCCAAUUGAUUAGUGGUGCUAAUCGUUUAUGGGGUUAUGUUUUACAUGAAAUGAACGAUAAAUUAUCAAACUAUGGAAUACGUUUAACAUUUGAAAAAUUAUCUAUUAAUCAAGUCCACCUAACAUAA